GCUUUUUACUAAAGCAAAUGCACAAAAACAUAGAAAUGAAGACUUAUAUAAGUUGUCUCAUUGUGGUUAUAUUAUCACUACUAUCUUCUUUUGCUAAUGCAGAAUCUCACAAACAUGAUUUUACUGUUCAACAAACUAGGGUAACUAGGCUAUGCAGAACCAAGAAUAUAAUUACAGUUAAUGGACAAUUUCCAGGGCCAACCUUGACAGUUCGAAACGGAGAUACAGUGGUUGUUACUGUUGUUAAUAGAGCACGUUACAAUGUUACUAUCCAUUGGCAUGGAAUUCGUCAAAUGCGAACACCAUGGGCUGAUGGGCCUGAGUAUGUAACACAAUGCCCAAUAAGACCAGGAGGAUCUUACACAUAUAGAUUUACUAUUGAAAACCAAGAGGGUACAUUGUGGUGGCAUGCUCACAGCAAAUGGCUAAGAGCUACUGUUUAUGGUGCAUUAGUUAUUUUACCUAAACAGGGUUCUAAUUUUCCUUUUUCACUGCCCCAGAAAGAUUUUCCUGUUAUUCUUGGGGAAUGGUGGAACAGAGACAUUAUUGCAGUACAAAGACAAGCACAGUUUACUGGAGCAGCUCCUAAUAUUUCUGAUGCAUAUACUAUUAAUGGUCAACCUGGUGACCUGUAUAGAUGCUCUACACAAGGUACUGUGAAGUACUCGGUGAAUCCCGGAGAAUCUGUUCUCCUGAGGGUGAUCAAUGCUGCACUCAAUCAACAACUUUUCUUCUCAGUUGCAAACCACAUGCUCACAGUUGUGGGUAUUGAUGCUACUUACAACAAGCCUUUUACAACUAAUGUCAUUAUGGUUGGACCUGGACAAACAACUAAUGUAAUUCUCACUGCUAAUCAGUCCCCUCGCCGAUACUAUAUGGCAGCUCGUGCCUAUGCCACAGUCAGAAAUGGGCAAUUUGAUAACACCACUACCACUGCCAUACUUGAGUACACAAAUGUCAACUCGGGGGCGAAUUCAAGGCCUUCAUUGCCUCAACUUCCAGCCUUCAAUGAUACAGCCACUGCAACUGCUUUCGCUAACCGAUUGAGGAGCAUCCCUAGCAAUAAUAGAGUUCCCAAUCAGAUUGAUGAGAACUUAGUUUUCACUGUUGGACUAGGCUUAGUGAAUUGCACCCCUGGCCCUAGAUGUCAAGGGCCUAAUAAUACGCGAUUUGCUGCUAGCAUGAACAACAUUUCAUUUGUUUUUCCUAGAAGAACUUCAUUGCUCCAGGCCUAUUACCAAAACAUUCCAGGGAUUUAUACAUUGGACUUCCCACCUGUUCCACCGGUGCAAUUUGACUACACGGGUAAUGUUUCACGAGGACUUUGGCAACCAAGAUUUGGAACAAAGCUGUACAAGCUCAAGUUUGGUUCUAAUGUACAAAUUGUGUUGCAAGAUACUGCUAUCUUCUCUACAGAGGACCAUCCUAUACAUCUUCACGGAUACCAUUUUUGGGUCGUUGGACAAGGUUUUGGUAACUUCAAUGCUCAAACUGAUACUGCUAACUUUAACUUGAAUGAUCCGCCUGUCAGGAACACAAUCGAUGUUCCUGUAGGUGGAUGGGCAGUCAUCCGUUUCGUGGCUGAUAAUCCAGGGGUUUGGUUGUUCCAUUGCCACAUUGAUUCUCAUUUGGCAUGGGGCCUAGGUAUGGCAUUCAUCGUCGAAAAUGGAAUAGGAGAGAAACAGACAAUGGAACCACCUCCACCAGAUCUACCACAAUGCUAAAAAUAUAUAGUGAAUGUUAGAUUCAGAAGAAUCAUGUGUUUUGCAAUUAUAGCAAAUUGUCCUUGUUAUGUUUUUAUCCUAAAAUUAAGCAGUUAUUAGUGUGUCUAUUUGAUGUUUCCCCUAAGUGUGAGCCAUCAGGAUUUAGCCUUGGCUUUAUUGAGUUUGAAAUUCAUUAGUCUAUGAUAUAUGUUUGACUUCAUAUAUUAUAUAUAGUAAUCACAA